CUCUGAGGGGGCAGGGAGGGAACCGACAAGGCCCGGGGGGACCCUGCUGUGCGGCUGGGGAAGUCGGAGCAGGGGCGCCGGUAACUGUACCAGCACAAUAUCUUCAACUUCAGCUGUUCAACAGGAGUGCAUCUUUAUAAUUGCAGAACAGUCUUCUGAAUUUCUGUGUUGCUGUCUGCAGUGGGCUUUCUGGCAUAUUGGACUCUACUUUGACUGACAGACCUGACGGGGGAAGGGCUGGAUCCAAAGAGUCCAACCUAAGGAAUAACUGAAUCAAAUUGCCAUGCAGGCACACGAAUUGUUUAGACAUCUACGAAUGCCAGAACUUGGUGAUGUCAGACAGUAUGUACGCACUCUUCCAACAAAUACGCUCAUGGGAUUUGGUGCUUUUGCAGCUCUCACAACUUAUUGGUACGCCACAAGACCCAAAGCUUUGAAACCACCAUGUGAUCUAGCAAUGCAGUCUGUGGAAAUAGAGGGUGGUGAGCGUGCUCGACGAUCAGCACUGCUUAAUAGUGAUGAGCCAUUGAUAUACUACUAUGAUGAUGUGAGAACAGUUUGUGAUAUCUUCCAAAGAGGCAUGCAGGUGUCAAAUAAUGGCCCCUGUCUUGGUGUUAGGAAACCAAAUCAACCAUAUGAGUGGAUCUCUUAUAAAGAGGUUUCAGAGAGAGCAGAAUGUGUGGGUUCAGCUCUACUUUACAGAGGCUACAAACCAGCUCCAGAUCAGUAUAUAGGAAUCUUUGCACAAAACAGACCAGAGUGGGUUAUCAUUGAACAGGGAUGCUAUGCAUACUCCAUGGUGGUAGUGCCUCUUUAUGAUACAUUGGGAGCUGAUGCAAUUUGUUACAUUGUGAACAAAGCUGACAUAGCACUGGUUUUCUGUGACAAAUCUGACAAGGCCAAACUUUUGCUAAGUAAUGUGGAAAAAGGGGAAACGCCAGUCCUCAACACUAUUGUAAUGAUGGAGUCCUUUGACAAUGAUCUUGUAGACCGUGGAAAGAAGUGUGGGGUGGAGAUUUUCAGCAUGAGAGAAAUAGAGGACCUGGGAAGAACUCACAGACAAAAACCUGUGCCUCCAAAGCCAGAAGAUCUAGCAAUCAUCUGUUUCACCAGUGGAACUACAGGAAACCCAAAAGGAGCUAUGAUCACUCAUCAAAAUAUAGUGAGCAAUGCGUCUGCUUUUCUGAAAUCUACCGAGAAUGCAUUUGUUCCUUGUCCAGAUGACAUUUUGAUCUCAUUCUUGCCUCUGGCCCAUAUGUUUGAGAGAGUUGUGGAGUGUGUGAUUCUGUGCCACGGAGGUCGAAUAGGAUUCUUCCAGGGGGACAUCAGACUACUUAUGGAUGACUUAAAAACACUGCAGCCAACAGUUUUUCCUGUGGUACCAAGACUUCUGAACAGGAUGUUUGAUAAAAUUUUUGGGCAAGCCAAUACAUCAUUGAAACGGUGGAUACUAGACUUUGCUUCCAAAAGGAAAGAAGCAGAACUUCGAAGUGGUGUAGUUAGAAAUAACAGCCUGUGGGAUAAGUUGAUCUUCCGCAAAAUACAGGCCAGUUUGGGAGGAAAAGUAAGACUGAUGAUCACAGGAGCAGCGCCUGUAUCAGCAAGUGUGUUGACUUUUCUAAGGGCAGCUCUUGGCUGUCAGUUCUAUGAAGGCUAUGGACAGACAGAAUGCACAGCUGGAUGCUCCCUGACAGUACCUGGAGACUGGACAGCUGGUCAUGUUGGGACACCAAUGCCUUGCAAUAUUGUAAAGCUUGUUGAUGUAGAAGAAAUGAAUUACUUUGCUGCCAAAGGAGAAGGUGAGGUGUGUGUGAAAGGGCCAAAUGUAUUUCUGGGCUACUUGAAGGAUCCAGAGAAAACAACAGAAGCUUUGGAUAAAGAUGGCUGGCUCCACACAGGAGAUGUUGGGAAAUGGUUACCAAAUGGAACCUUGAAGAUCAUUGACCGGAAAAAGCAUAUAUUCAAACUUGCCCAGGGAGAGUACAUAGCACCAGAGAAAAUAGAAAAUGUGUAUUUGAGAAGUGAACCUGUUGCUCAGGUGUUUGUCCAUGGGGAAAGCUUACAGGCUUUCUUAAUAGCUAUUGUGGUACCAGACCCAGAAAUCCUACCUAGCUGGGCCAAGAAGAAGGGAUAUGAAAGCUCAUAUGAAGAACUGUGCAAAAACAAGGAUCUCAGGAAACACAUUCUGGAAGACAUGUUGAAAAUUGGGAAAGAAUCUGGUUUGAAGUCAUUUGAGCAGGUCAAAACCAUCGCCCUGCACCCUGAAAUGUUUUCCAUUGAAAAUGGCUUGUUGACACCAACAUUGAAGGCAAAGAGACCAGAACUACGAACAUACUUCAAGGCGCAGAUAGAUGAACUCUAUGCUAACGUUAGAAUGUAACUAAUGGCUUGAGGAGAAUGGCACGUGUCCAGUGUCUACUGUUGGCCUUCGUAUCUGUAAUUUGACCACAGCAAACAUAGGGAAGGAAACUGUGCAAUCAUUAACUAACUAGUACAUAAAUGGGUACUUGCCAUAGGAGCAUUGAAGAAAAUGGAACACUGCCUUACUGUCCAGUUGUGUUGCAUACCAUUUUAUGGUGACCUACAAUUUCCAAAAAAAAGCCUUAAACUGUAAACGUAACUGUGUAAGUUAUUUUAAGACUUCCUCAGCCAAAAAAUGGGACUCUUCUUAACCAUGGAGUUAGGGUUUUCUUAUUGCCAGCAUGUUCAGUGUCUGCAGUGUGCUUUGCUACAGUCAACUCCAAAGGAUUUAGCAGAUCUGGAGAGGCCUCUUGGUAUCUUUACAUCAGGGGAAACAUUAGCUGAUCCAUCAAGGUUUGUAGCUGAAGCACUUCUUAUAUUAGCCCUAUCAUUAACCUGAGCAGACAGAAGUUACUCGAGCGUCCCCAGGAAAGAACUUUGAAGUUACCUGUGUAAGCUAGAAGCUGAAUACCAAUUAAAGGAGAAUGAUGCAACA